AUAUGGAGUAAUACAUUGGAGAUGCUCUUGCUAUUAGGUCAAAAAAAAAAAAACAGAGAUUUACUGAACUGAGUAAAUAGGAGAGGAGGAGACAGUCAGGAGUGGUGUGUUUCGUCGUCUCUUAUAGAUUUCGGCUGAAACUGUGUUUACACGGCGGUUCUAGUUUCUCAUUUCUUCUUUCUUUUAAGCUCCAAAAAAAAAAAAAAUUUCAUUUCGCUGUAGUUACAAACUGGCGAAGUGACCCACUUGCUUCAGAGGUUCUCUUUAUUUUUCUUUUCUCCCACAAAUUAAACAAUGGUGUUUGGUGGUUGGAGAAGAGUAAACACUCUGUAAAACGUCAAGUCAUCUCUGAAACUGAAAACAAAAACAUUAGUGAGUCAUCGCAUGGUAGUAAGCAGCUUUUGAGCAUCGAAGAGAGGCUAUUUCGUUUACAAAUGUCAUCAACUCCUGCAGCAGCCAUUGGAGGUGCUGUUGGAGCUCUUGCAUUGAUUGCUCUUUUGUUUCUUGUCCUAUGGUUUUGCAUCUUUCGUCACAAGAAUGCGUCUGAGACAACAGGCUCUUCUGAUCCAUCAUCUCAAGAAGGAAGAAAUGUUGCAAUGGAGUUGUCAAUGAGAGAAUCAAGAAGGUUUGAAAUGGAGGAACUUGCUCAAGCCACCAAGAGUUUCACCCAUAAAAGCCUCAUUGGUACAGGCAAAUUCGGCGAGGUUUACAAAGGUCUGCUUCAAGACGGUGUUCUCGUGGCCAUCAAGAGAAGAACCGGUUUGCCUACACAAGAAUUUGUCAACGAGGUUCGUUAUCUAUCAGCUAUCAAGCAUCGUAAUCUUGUUACUCUUUUGGGUUAUUGCCAAGAAAGCAAUAUGCAAUUUCUUGUCUAUGAGUACGUUCCUAAUGGAAGUGUUUCCAAUCACCUGUACGGUGCUGGUGGAAGUAGGCUAGAGUUCAGAAAUAGGCUUGCCAUAUCUAUAGGAGCAGCUAAAGGAUUGGCACAUCUUCACUCACUGAGUCCUCGGUUGAUACAUAAGGACUUCAAAACUGCAAAUGUUCUUGUGGAUGAAAACUUCAUUGCUAAAGUUGCGGAUGCAGGAGUCCGUAACUUCUUAGGAAGAGAGGAUGCUGGUAUAUCGUCUCACGUUGUUGCUGAGGCCAUCAGCAUCGCUGUAUCUUCUCACGUAUCUUGUUAA